CAAUCAAACAGAACACGAACCAAGACAUGGUUCCCGACUCCAGGAGAAAACAAGGGCACUGGGGUGGAUAAUUACCCAGCCGUGAGGAUGCUGAGAGGCGCAGCCCUCUUCUGCCGUUCACCGCGCCUGAACUCUGGAUGCCAUCAGACCGCGUUCAUUAUUAAGAUGCAUCUUCUGAUCUCUCUGCAUCCGACAGCGUUUGCUUACAUUUGAUUUGAAUGGCUUAAAUCUAGAUUAGAAUAAGGAUGCCAAAUCAUCUGCUCUGCAGAAUCGUUAAAUGACAUUAGUGGCUUGAAUUAACAGAUUAGAUGUAUUUUAAUUGCUUGCAUUGUGUUUCGAGAGAUCAUAAACCAUCCAAGAAAAUUUGGUGCAUUAUUUAGUGCGCUUACAAAUCCGAUUCGUCUCACAGGCAUCGUUCCAGGUAAACCAGCGGCAUGUUGACCAGCAUCACCGAGAGCAUCUUUUGCUGUCUGAUGGGAAAGACGACAAGUGUUGUGUUGCCAGUUGAAUCAUCUGACGGCAAGCCCGCAGACGGGUUCGAGUUCGUGGAGGUGAAGCCAGGCCGAGUGCUGCGUGUGCGCCACAUCCUCCCCGAACGGCCUGCAACUACAGAUGCACAACCAGAGCCGAGCAGCAGCGUCCACUGCAAGCGCAAGAUCACGGUGUACCGCAACGGUCAGCUGGUGAUCGAGAACCUGGGCGACGUUCUCCACUCCGAGAUCCUGCACUGCCAGAACGGAGACGUGGAACAGUGCAGCACGGUCGAGGUGGAGCUGUCUGAUUACACCACUGCGCCGUCCUCCCCAGAUCCCAAACCCGCUCCGCCUCUUCCCACCUCUGACCAGCAGAAACCUGCUCCUCCGCCUAGACGGCGACGAAGAAAACCCAAACGCACUGUGCUGAUCGAUACGGAGCGAUGCAUCAGCAGCUGUAAGGGGACGCAUUCAGACGUGGCACUGUUCUUCAUUCACGGCGUGGGCGGCUCACUGGAUAUCUGGGGGAGGCAGCUGGAUUUCUUUUCACGGCUGGGGUACGAGGUCAUCGCCCCUGAUUUGGCAGGACACGGCGCAAGCACUGCCCCUCAGAUAGCGGCAGCGUACACCUUCUACGCCCUCGCAGAGGACCUGCGCGCCAUAUUCAAGAGAUAUGCGAGAAAACGGAACAUCCUCAUUGGUCACUCAUACGGGGUGUCGUUCUGUACGUUCCUGGCACACGAGUAUCCGGAGCAGGUGCAUAAGGUGGUGAUGAUCAAUGGAGGCGGCCCCACGGCGCUGGAACCCAGCCUGUGCUCCAUCUUCCAGCUGCCCUCCUGCGUCCUUCACUGUCUGUCUCCCUGCCUCGCCUGGAGCUUCCUCAAAGCUGGUUUUGCCAGGCAGGGUGCUAAAGAGAAGCAGCUUUUGAAAGAGGGAAACGCGUUCAAUGUCUCGCCGUUCGUUCUGCGAGCGAUGAUGAGCGGUCAGUACUGGCCGGAGGGGGACGAAGUUUACCACGCUGAGCUGACCGUACCCAUACUGCUGGUGCACGGCAUGUAUGACAAGUUUGUGCCAGUUGAAGAGGAUCAGCGGAUGGCGGAGAUUCUCUUGUUUGCAUUCCUCAAAGUGAUCGAGGAAGGCAGUCACAUGGUGAUGAUGGAAUGCCCAGAAACGGUCAACACGCUCCUGCACGAGUUUUUCCUCUGGGAACCUGACACUUCCAAAAAGGACAAGGUAACAGCUGAGCAGACCACAGCCGACAACGCCACGCCCGCCCAGACGCUCACUGUCGCCAAUGGCAGCGUCACAGGGACUCCCAAGGUCAACAAGCCCCUUAACAAGUAACCUGAUGAUUGACGUUUGUGGGGUAAACCAAUCAGAAGGCUGUUGAUGGCAGGCUGAAACCGUCACCUUGGCUGAGAGCUGAUUUUUGGUCAGAAGGCCCUAGCGGGUGUCCAGACGGGGGUGAGAAAGAUUCACGGGUUCAAAGAGACUCUAGCAAUGAGGGGAAAAAAGAAGCAGCUGAUUUUAAACCAAUAAUGAUGGUUUAUGACAUCACAAUGCCUUUGUAUCUCUCUGCUACCUUUGGACAAUAUCUUUCCUUCUUGUGCUGUCUAAACGAAAGGACUGGAUGUCCGAAAUCAAGCGUGUCCAGGCGGGACUGAACUAUGAGAAAGAUGAGAGGGUAUUUUUAAAAAAACAAUCCAACCCAAGAGAGUGUUUAAAGCCAACAUGAAAUGACCCAUUUUACUUCCAUAAUAAGACAUAAUGGGUGUUGCAUACUGUACCAGAACAAUUACAAAGACCAGCUUUUACUUUAAAAUGACAUGCACAAAUUGUGCACAGUGUAAAUAGGGUCGCUUUCAUGUUGACUUUAAAGGACGUUUGUACAGAGUCCGUGUUCAAUGUUAUGCGUUCUGAUUAACUCAGUCAUACAAGUACUAAUAUUGAGAUCAACACAUUUUAACACGUCUUCCCUUAUAAAACAAACCCAACGCUUGGAGCUCAAGAGAAAACAGACGUAUAAAACACUGAAUUCUGUUAAAACAUCUUAAAACUCCUUGAAAGAAUAAGAUAACGUACUGUAAACGAACACAUGCUAGCUACACAUUAUUUCACUUGAAACAAACUGUAUGAAUUUAACAACAAAACAACAGAUGUCGGUUCACAUGAUACAGGACAAGCAAAAACAUCACAUGGAAAUCGACCGUCGCAAUGCCAGUAGGCACUUGUUCGUCUCUUAGCAACUAGAAAGUCGGGCACUAGAGCAGAUACACAGAGAGAGAGUUAUAAUGAUGCUGCUGGCCACAAUAUGACAUGGUGCUGAGGAAAAACAGGAUAUAAGCUAUAGUAUCACAGUGCAUUCGGAUACACAACUGUACGUGUUCGGCACCCAGCUGCACAAAAAUCUAGAAUCUGAUCAUCAGGUUGAUCCAAUCACGUGCAGUGUGAUAACACAACGCGGUUAAGCUAAAUAGGACAGACCGUCUGGCUAUGCAAAGAAUAACAGGGUGGCUUCUGCACGCCUCCGGCCGGUUACCAUAGCAACUGGUAGUCAAGAGCAAAAUGGAUUAAGCACAGGAGGUCUGGUCCGUGUGACCCGCCCAUCACUGGGAGAUAAUUGCACACGUGCACGUCAAAGACAUCACUGAACGUUUAUGCAACGAAAGCAGUCAAACAUUCAAAUCAGUCAAAUUUUCAGGUAUUUAUGUAAUUAACAAAUGUCCAUAUAUUUUAACAAUGUUGAAUCCACACUUUAGAUAUUUAUUAUAUUAAUAAUAAUUGGACACAGACAAGAGGAUUCAAACAUCCUCAUAUCGGAGCUGAUGUGCCACAACUUGGGCAAUUUAAAAAGAAAUGCACUAUUGUUCAAAGGUUUGGUGUCAAAUUUAAGAAAUUUAUACUUUUAUUCAGCAUUAAAUUGAUCAAAAUUAACAUUAAAUGCGUAUAAUGUUACAAAAGAUGUCUAUUUCAAAUAAAUGCUGUUCUAUUGAACUUAAAAAAAAUUAAAAAAUGCAAUAUGAAGCAGCAAAAAACAUCAAAUCAGCAUAUGAGAAUGAUUUCUGAAGGAUCAUGUGACUAAAGACUGGAGUAAUGAUGCUGAAAAUUCAGCUUUGAAUCACAAAAAUAAAUUACAUUUUUAAAUAUAUUCACAUAGAAAACAGUUAUUUUAAAUUGUAAAAAUAUUUCACAAUAUUGUUGUUUUUGCUGUAUUUUUUCAGCCUUCUUUCAAAAAUCUUACUGACCCCAAACUUUUGAACAGUAGUAUAACUGCAAAUUCCCAUUUUAACAACAAGUCCACACAUUACAACAAUAAAACGCACUGACUUAACUCUAAUUCAACAGAAGGAAGUCUACACCUUUUUUUUUUUUUUUGAUGUGCUGCUAAGAAGAAACGUAGGCCUUACAGUCCGCUAAAUGAUUACUGUGUGAUUGAUAGAAGGAUUGAAGGAGAUAUUCUGGACUGGAUUGCAGGGGAAUGAGUUUGUCUACAGCGAUUACAGCUGAAGCCAGUGUUUAACAUCAGCUCAAUUCCUGUAUUACCAGAGAGAACGUUCUAGCAAAGAUUACAUAUACCUGUACAGUGAUGCACUUACUGUACGAUCCAAGUCUGUGGAGUGUUACUGGAUUUUACAUGGUCAUAAUAAUGGAAAUAACACAGCGUUAACAUGUACUGUAUGAUGUUUAAGUCUUGUGGCUAUAUAUUCAAAAUGGUGUAUAUUUUAUAUAGUGCCCCAUAGACUUCCACUGAAAGUGCAUUACUGUACAUGCAAUUUUUGAUUUAUUCUGACAGAUGUUGUUCAUACAGCUAAAGUUGCACCAAACCCAGAAUAUCUAUUUAAAUGUUACUUGCAUAUACAUUUUCAUUGUAAUGCAGUGCAGAGGAUGCACAUUUUAUUGCAGCCACUCCUGUGAAUUAGAAAACAAAAACUAUUGUGUGCUUUUGACAAAAACUUGCCUAUGCAUUUGCUGUGGCUGUACUACCUGAAGGUCUGUUCACACCAAGAACGAUAACUAUAACAAUAACUAUAUAGAGCUGCAUGAUUCUGGAUAAAAUGGGAAUCAUGAUUUUUAUGUUUCAAAUAGAGAUCACGAUUCUCCCACCAUUCUGAAUAUACAACUAAACAAAAAACAUGUAAUUUACUAGAGGUUCUGACAAAACAUGACUUGCUAGACUAAUUGCUAAACUCUAAAUGUUUAAAUAAUUAUUUUAAAAAUGGUUUUAAAUAAAUUCAGAGACUCAGUAAUAAAUACUUGUUUCUUUACUGGAUGAAUCAGUGUUUUUUAAUGAAUGAUUCAAUGACAAAUACUUGUCACCACCUAGUGGCGUAAGAUGUAAUUGAUACAAUCAUUAUUUGAAGCACCAAGUUAUUUUCAAAAGCUGGUUUGCUCUGUUUUGAUCACUACCGUAGACAUCAGUGUUUAUAUCCUAACUUUAAACUUUUAUCUCAGUGCUUCUGUGAUCAUUUAAAUAUUUGUAACAGAAAUAGCUACUGUGUGGUUCAAAACGGCUCUCUCUGGAUCAGCGCGGCAGAACGAACACAGAUUUGAAUGUUCCGGUAUGAUUUUGUCAAAAGUUUAAUUGCCACGGGCGAAUCGUUGUCAUUAAUAAAAUAAGAUCGUGUGGGUGUUUGAAUAGUGAUCACGAUCUUUUUACGAAUAAUCGUGCAGUUCUAGCGUCCGUUCACACGUUUAUUAUUUAGUUUUGUUGUGUGCCGCUUUAAAUGCUCAAGCUCUUAAAGGGAUAGUUCACCCAAAAAUGAAAAUUGCCAUCAUUUACUCUCCCUCAAGUUGUUCCAAACCUGUAUAAAUUUCAUUGUUCUGCUGAACACAAUGGAAGAUAUUUUGACUAAACAAACAGUUGUGGGGCACCACUGACUUCCGUAGUAUCUUUUGUGUUCAGCAGAACAAAGAAAUUUAUACAGGUUUCGAACAACUUGAGGGAGAGUAAAUUAUGACAAUUUUCAUUUUUGGGUGAACUAUCCCUUUAAAUGCAUAUAGAAGCUUGUUUCCGUCAUGAAAUAAAACAUAAAAAAGGGUAAUUGCGACUUUUUUCUCGCAAUUGCGAGAUAUAAACUUACAAUUGCGAGAUAUAAACUUACAAUUGCGAGUUAAAAAGUCAGAAUUGGGUCAUAUAAAGUCAGAAUUGCAUGAUAUAAAGUCAGAUUUGCGAGUUAUAAAGUCAGAAUUGGGACAUAUAAAGUCAGAAUUACGAAUUAUAGUCAUAAUUGCAUGAUAUAGUCAGAACUGCGAGUUAAAAUCAUAAUUGCGUGAUAUAAAGUCGGAAUACGAGUUGUUAUAAAGUCAGAAUUGCAAUAUAACGUAAUUGCAAGUUUAUCACCCAAUUCUGACUUUGUCUCGCGAUUGUUAGAAAAAAGUAAAAAAUAAAAUAGAAAAGAUUAAGAAUUGCGACUCUAUAUCUCACAAUUCUGACUUUAUAACUCAUAAAUGCAAGUUUAAAUCUCGCAAUUCUGAGAAAAAAAGUCAGAAUUGUGAAAAAAAAAAAAAAAAAAAAAAAAAACUUUUUUAUUUUUUAUUUAGUGGCAAAGACAAGCUUCCAUAAAUGCAGGAUGGAUUCUGAUUGGCUGUCAAUGUUUUAUCGUUCAUCAGCUGAAAAAAAAAAAAAAAAAAAAAAAAAAUUCUUAUUAAUGUUGUUGUGGACUCUGCUAUUCUUUUAAAACUAUAUCUUUAUCGUUAUGUUAUAGUUAUCGUCCUUGGUGUGAACGGGCUUUAAAUCUUGUAGAUAAAACACCAUAAAUGAGCGGUAUGUGUGUUUCGCUUUUGGAUUUUGGUCAUAUCCUGCCCUUAGUCUGAUGGCUUUAAGAGGGUUUAUAGUUUUAACAUCAUAAGGAAAAUAUAUUUCAAAGAUUUCAUAUGUUUGCUAACAAAAGAAAGCAUCACUUUUGCUCAUAUUUAGAAUUGGCAAAAACAUAUCCCACAGAGACUUUGUGGCCAGUAUGUAAUCACCUAACAACCAUGCAAAACACCCUAGCAACCAUGUAGCAAGAUUCUAAAAACCACUCUUAGAACUCUCAGAGCAAUCACAUGAUGGAACAGUUGCGUAAGUGUUUCUGAAGACACAAAGAAAGGAUGUGACAGUUUAAAUCCCUGGUUUCUAAUUCACAGACAGGAGCAAUAAUGCUUUUCUAUGCUAAUGGUAGUUCUGGCUUUCCUCUGAGUGCCUGGGAGUGUGUUUUCUGGAGAGAUGUGAUACAAUAAAUAAACAAUACUGGCCAAAACUGUUAAAUAAAAAUAAAAACUGCCAAAGGUCCCUCUCAUGCGUCAGGAGCGAAAGUGAGUCAAAUGGACUAAUAUUUUUGGACCGUGUGAGUGAAGUAGGUUUGUGGGAGAUGAAUAUUAUAUACAGACAUUGAAUGACACUAAUGACUGAUUGUGAUGAUGAAGAAUUCCUCUUCCUCUGGUCGUGUACUGAUGCCAGUACCCCAUUGUGAACAUUGUGGUCCAGUUUGUGUCAAAUGUGUGUGUUGCCUAUAUAUCUAUGGGAAAGUACUAUACCAUGCACUGCCUGAAAAUAUGUGCAUAUAAAAUGUCAUGAAAAGUAUGAUGAAAAUAAAUAACAACAAUCGUC